AUGGCCACCGGACCGCGCGUCAUUUACUGGUUCCGAACAGACCUCCGCCUGCACGACUCGCCCGCCCUCGCAGCUGCCCUCGCCCUCGACCCGGCCGUCCUCUGGCCCAUCUUCACCUGGGAUCCGCACUAUGUCUACCGCGCCCGCGGGGGCCUGAACCGGUGGCAGUUUCUACUCGAUUGUCAAAAUGACCUGUCGGAGAGCAUCACCAAGCUGAACUCCCGGUCCAAGCUCUUUGUCCUGCGCGAGGGUCCGCAGACGCUGUUCCCCAAGCUCUUCAAGGCGUGGAAGGUGACGCACCUGGUCUUUGAAAAGGACACGGACGCGUACGCGCGCGAGAGGGAUGAGGUCGUGAUGAGGGCCGCCAGCGAGGCCGGUGUGGAGGUCAUCGUCAAGAGCGGGCGGACGCUGUGGGACAGCGACGCCGUCGUCGCGAAGCACGGCGGCAAGCCGACCAUGUCCAUAUCGCAGCUCCAGACGGCCGGCGCCAAGGUCGGGCCCAUCGCGAAGCCGAUCCCCGCACCGCAGAGCCUGCCGAACCCGGGUGAGAUGCCGGUGGACUUCGGGCAGACGCCGCCCGAGACGGAGCCCGACUUCAACGCGGAGCAGCGAACGGAGGGGGAUGCGGCCUACGCGAAGAUUGCGGGUCCGGAGGGUGACUUCGCAAUCGAGACGAUGGAGGAGCUGGGUUUUCCGCCGGCCAGCACGCCACACAGGGGCGGAGAAACACGAGCGCUCGGGAUGCUCGAGGAGAUUCUGGCGGACAAAAAGUACACGGCAACGUUUGAGAAGCCGAAGACAAGCCCCGCAGCGUUCGAGCCGCAGUCGACGACAUUUAUGUCGCCCUUUCUGCACUUUGGGGCGCUGUCGGUGCGCGAGUUCUACUGGAGGGUACGGGCCGUCGUGGACGCGUACGGCAAGGGAGCGUCAAAGGUGCCGGAGAGCCUGCUCGGACAGCUGCUCUUCCGCGACAUGUACUUCGCGGCGCACGCUGCGUUGGGCUACAGUUUCACGCAGACUGCCAACAACCCCUACUGCCGCUUCAUCCCGUGGCACUUGCCGUCCAAGGUCGAUGCGAAGACGGGUCUCGUCACCGGCGAGUACCACGUCGACUCGACGCAGGCGGACGAGUGGUUCAGGCGGUGGAAGUACGGGGUGACGGGGUUUCCGUGGAUCGACGCGCUCAUGCGACAACUGCGCGAGGAGGGCUGGAUCCACCACCUGGGCCGCCACUCGGUCGCCUGCUUCCUUACGCGAGGGGGUUGCUAUAUUGACUGGGAGCGCGGCUGCGAAGUCUUUGAGGAGUGGCUUCUCGACCACGAGCCCGCGUGCAACGCAGGAAACUGGCAGUGGCUUAGCUGCACAGCCUUCUUCUCGCAGUACUUUCGCUGCUACAGCCCCGUCUCGUUCGGGCAGAAAUGGGACAAGCAGGGAGCCUAUGUGCGGCGUUGGGUGCCGGAGCUGAAGGACCUGGAUGCCAAGUACAUCUACGAGCCGUGGAAGGCUCCGCUGCCAGACCAGAAAAAGGCAGGGGUCAGGGUGACCGGCCGCGGGGAGACGCAGGAAAGGGGGGUUUACCCGAAGCCCAUGUUCGACUUUAACGAGAGAAGGACGGCGUGCCUGGCGGCGAUGAAGAAGGCCUACGAGGUCGGCCUGCACGGCAACGACGACAAGGUCCUGGACGGCAGCUGGCGUAAGCUGUUCGCGGGUCAGGAUACCGAGAUGAUGGACGAGUUUGAGAGCGACCAGGGCGAGCGCGCAGACCAUGCGGAAGACGACCAUCCGGCCGUCAAGGCGGAGCCCACGGGAGACGAGAUUACGCCGGCCAAGCGCAGUGCCGACGAGGGCAGCGCCGAGCAGCAUGCCGAUAAGAAACAAAAGUUCUAG